AUGAGGUGGCGCGACUUCGUGCGGCCCGCGCUCGCGAAGGCGGUACGAGCGCGGCUCUCGGUGCUCGAGCCCAACGCCAUGCAGUGCGAGGCGCUUCGGCCGGCCAUGCGCGGCGAGGCGCGAGACCUGCUGCUCGUGGCGCAAACGGGCUCCGGCAAGACGCUUGCCCUCCUCUUGCCGCUGCUCGAGAGCGUGACUCGAGCUGUGGAGCAGAGGCCUUCCGCCGCCUGCACGGCGCUGCUGCUCGCGCCGAGCGAUGUGCUCGUCGAGCAGCAUGCUGCGACAGCGCGAACCCUCCUGGCCGGCCUGGAUCCUCCGGUCGAGCUCGACUGCGACACUGGCGCUUCGCUGACUGGCGUCGGCGGCCUGCUGGAGGAUGCGUCGCGCGUCCCUUCGCUCCUGGUCGCGACAGCUGCUGGGGCGCGCCGUCGCCUCGAAGCGUCGGGUGGCGCUGGGCGUGAGUGGGCGGCGCGGCUAGCAGCGGUUGCCAUCGACGAGGCGGACGCCGUCCUGUGCGGACGGCCGCACGACACUGCCCUGCGGCCGGACGCCGACGCCCUCCUCGACGCUCUCCCCGCCGGCACACAGCACCUCCUCGCCACGGCCUUCCUCACCUCGGAGCACGAGGUCGCGCUCACGCGCCGCUUCCGCCGCGCCGUGCGCGUCAGCGAGCACUCCACCGCCGGCCAGCGAGGGGUGAUGGGGCGCCUCGUGGCGGAGAUGCCGCAGCUCCGCGCCGCGCUGUUGUGUGAGGGGGCGGCGGCCCCCGAGGGAAGCGCGGAGGCCGUGGCUCGCUUCGCCUCUGGUGAGGCGCGGGCACUCGUGUGCACUGCGGCGGCGGCACGAGGACUCGACUUCCCGCGGUUGCGGCAUGUCUUGCUCUUCGAUAUGCCCAAGGACGUCGCUGGUUUUGUGCACUCCGCGGGUCGCACGGCGCGCCGAGGAAAGGAGGGGCUCGUCACUUGCUUAGUCGAGUCGGGCGCUGAGGUUGGUCGCUUCCGCCAGCUGCACGCGCUCCUACCUGCACGUGCGCUUGAAUUCUCUGCAGCGCCGGCCAGCUGA